AGCAGCCGGAGAGCAGGAGGAACGAACGAACCACCAUCACCACCACUCCGCCACUGCCAGUCUGCCGAGGAUCUACAGCAAGUUGGGACGGUGCAGCCAGUGGGGAGAAUCUGCAUUUCGUCCAGUUGUUGAUCAUAAUUGCUUCGUCACUCAUUACUCCUCAAGCUCCUGCCCUGCCUGCCUGCCGUCCUCCCGCGACAUGAGAGACAUCCACUCACUCUGGCGCUUCAUUGCUUCCAUGGCAGCGGGCGUGGUGGCGGCAGGCCUCAACAGUGGACAGCUUGCACCCGCCCUAUCUCAAGCCGCGUGGUGGUCUCCUCUUGAUCUUCGACACUUGAGUCAGUCCGGCAACCAGAGGCAAGGGAGGAAAAUUUAGAAACUUUGUUUAUUGCUCAUUGUGUUGGGGUAGUGCACUCUACAAUUUGUCCAUUCGUGGGCGACUUGGCAGACAAAACAGGGAGGUGACUGAUACCUGAAGAUUCCAAGUUUUAUUUAUGUUUACGUGACCCUGUGGGAAAGGAAGAUAACAAGGGAAAAAAGGAGGGGGAGUGGGUCAGCGGGAAAGAGAAACAGGGAGGAAUAAGAUGAGGCAGUGUGGGGCUGGGCAGGGGAGCAGGAUAUACCCGUGUGCAGUCACCGCUAACAUGAGUCUCCGUAAUGCAGCGCCGCCGUGGAGGUGACUCUGCUCUCAUGGUUGCUGGCCCAGGCCGCCUCGCCGCUCAAUCUCUUUGUUAUAUACGACGAGGUGCAUGAAGGCGUGUUGCAGGAGAUGGGGCUGGGAGGUGAGGGAGCGUCGGCGCCCUGGACACUGCUGAGCUUCAAGGGUCUACGUCACCUGCACCAGGCCCUGGCAACGGCGCCCUCCCUGCCUGCCACUCAGGCCGUCGUUCUGCUCUGCUCCGAACAACACACUAGACAAGUUUUCUCCUUCGUCAGCAGACACAAGCUGGAGAGGGCGGAUCUGUGGUGGUUGGGGGUAUCAGAGCUAGACGCUGCUCGUCGUCUCCAGCCUCUGCUCCGCGAAGGCACCCAGGUGACACUGGCGGUGCCUGAGACGGACUCCGCCCACUGGCUGCUCGUGGCGAGGGUGGGCGCCGAUGACGUGGUCAGGUUGGUGCCGGCGGGGAGGCUGCACCUGUCGGGCAACGUGACGCGAGUCCGCCUUACAACACUAGUCGUGCCGGACGUGCUGCAGCAGUACAGCGAUUUUGGUGGCCGAGAGCUGGUGGUCGCGGCUCUCAACAACUGGCCGUAUUUUGUUAUCAAGACUUUGCAAGAUGGACGACGUGUGGCAGACUCGGGCAUAGAUGUACAAAUACUCACCACUCUCGCAAACUAUCUUAAUUUCACGCAUCGUGUGUUGUCGCCAUCGGACGACCAGUGGGGAGCCGUGCACCGCAACGGCACGGUGACAGGACUCGUCGGGCUGGUGGCGCGCAGGGAAGCUCACAUCGCUAUAUGCGAAAUCACCAUUACAAGGAGCCGCGAAACAGUGCUGGACUUCACCAACCCUUACUUCCUGGAGUACGUCACGCUGGUCUCCCGCGCUCCGGCGCUCAAGAACAGGACUUUCGCGGUCUUCUCACCGUUCUCUCUCCAGGUUUGGCUGUGUGUUGCCCUGAUAACAGUUCUGAUGGGGCCCGUGGCGAGCGUAGUGGCGCGGGUCAGGGUCUCAUGUGAACGUGACGCACAGCAGUGCAGCAGCACACUCGACUAUAGCUUCAGCGUGUUUCGGAACCUGGUGGUCCAGGGCAACCUUAUCCCCGUCAUUCACUUACCCAGUAGAUGUAUUUUCAUAUUCUGGUACCUCUUCUGCUUUUACGUCUACGGUACGUUCAGCAAGGUUGGAGGCUGUGAGCUUAAACAUCAAAUCAAAACACUGUUACUCAAAACUUGCAACUCUUCUCCGAUGUCCUCUUCCUCCCCAGCCCUGUAUUCUGGCACCUUGACGGCGGUGCUCGCUGUGCCAGCCUAUGAGAAGCCCAUCGACGGUCUCACCGACAUUCCCGAGGCGAUCUCUCAAGGUUUCACCCUCGGCGUCAUGCCAGACUCUAGCCUGCAGUACAUUUUUAAAGAAGCUGAGGGCGGCAUCUAUAAAAAGGUGUGGAACUUAUUCGACCAUGGAGAUCCGUCACGGAGUUUCGUGAAGCAUCCUGAUUUGGGUUUCCGAAAGGUCACUCAAGAGAAAUUUGUCUUCGUGAAUCCUCAACUGAACUCCGAGCUGCGAGCCAGCCAGCGAGGACGCCAAAAUUUUCACAUCGCUCGACAGGCUUUCUUCCCUCAGGCAUACGGCAUCGCUUGCAUCAGCGGAGCUCCCUUCCUGGCGAAGUUCAACCAAAUACUGGGGCGGCUGGUGGAGUCGGGCAUGGUGCAACACUGGAAGCAGCAGGAGGUGGUGCUCGCGGCAGCUGCUGCACCGAACAACUUCGACGCCAAAAAACGAGCUUCGGCCAUAUCUCUCAAGCACCUUCAGGCGGCUUUCCUGGUGCUGCUGCUGGGGGCGGUACUGGGCGGCCCAGUGCUGACAGGCGAGUUCCUUGCCGCCAGAUGCUUCUCGCGGGCUGCAUCUGGAGGCAACAACUAACCCCUCUGAUGCACACCCAGCGCCAUUCAGGAGAGGAUGUAGCCCUCGCCAACUUGAAGGGGAGAGAAUAUCGUAGAUCCUCUCUUCUGUGGAGAAUGCUGAAGUGUGCAGCCCUCGAGCAGCUCCGCGGAUGGCCGAGUUCUAAGGCGCUAAUAAGAAGACUUGACGAUGAUCGACUGUCUACUAGUUAUGUACAAGAAGUUUUGCUGUUGUAGUAUUUGAAUAAAUCAAGGAUGUAGAUAUUUUUGUACCUGAAGCUGAUGUCCACGAGGUUAUUGUGGUGCCCCGAGUGUGGUCAAGCCUCCUCUGGUGAAGGCAGUGUAUUUCCUGACAACUCUUUACCAAGUGAGUCUCUGGUGCUUGUUCAGCUUCUAGCGGAACGAUGAGUUAGUAUUUAUUCAUAGUGACCCAGAUGCCUCGUCGUUUUCUUCUUUGACAUUGUACGCUCAUGACGGGAACCUGCAAGUGCCCUUCAGCUACACUGGCAGAGAGAGAGAGAGAGAGAGAGAGAGAGAGAGAGAGAGAGAAUAUGAAGUAAUACUCGACUACAGAAAACGUCACCGCCCGCCACCAGUCUCCUCACCUCACCCAGCACUUUCCCGUCACUUCAGUCGCUUCCAAACAAAUAAACAUCGCGCCCGAUCGUGGACGGACAAGGAAUGGGAGGCGAAAACUGAGGAAGAUAUAGAAGCUAAUUCGUAAACAAUUGAGUUCGAGUGUAAAGGGAAGGAAGGAAUCGAGGAGGAGGUGGUGGUGAAAGAGGUGGUGUCCAAGGCGAGAUGCAUCACGUGGGAGUAAAAGAUAAGUAUUUUGCGUCAAGUGAAGUAAUCAGUAUACAAAGGGAGCAUUGUGAUCUACCUACCACACAACACACUCUAUGAACUCUAACUAAAAUAAACGCAAGUUAACGAAAGAAAGGAAAAUGCGGCGCUGAUCAUAAUUACUCCAAACCGUAGGACGAGUCGAAGUGAAUGAGGAAU